CUUUACUACUCCUCUCCUCCAGGCUGGAAAUAAGAAUAUGCAACCAGCUUAUCAUCCUCAUUUUAACUGAAUUCCAACUUUCCAGGAACCGACCUCUCUCCCCAUUUCUUCCCUUUCAUCCUCCUUCCCUCCCCUACGAUUGGUCCUUACCUAUUGGCGGACCCAGGAGCUUGCAACGCAACUGUACCUAAUAUUGCCCCCAAUGCCUUCGUCACUUGCAUCCUGACUUCAUUCCGAUGGUGAUGCACUAGGGGGGGGAUAUUGAGAUUUGAAGACAAUGAUACACCCCUCGUCUUGAUUUCUCUUAAUUGUUUAUUAUCGCCAUGGGGGCUAGAGAUAUGUCCAUGCCGUAUUGCUUGGGAUACUCGGACGAGAUCGACGUCAUUCGGGAGCGUGAGUAUCCCUUACUCAAGGAUACCACCUAUCUAGACCACGCGGGAACAACCCUCUACGCGAAGUCCCUGAUUGACUCGUUCAGCCGGGACCUGACUUGCCAUCUCUAUGGGAAUCCGCAUUCUAUGUCGGUCUCCUCGCAAUUGUCGACCCAACGGAUAGAUGAUAUCCGGUUGCGAGCGCUGCGCUUUUUCAACGCGAGUCCGGAUGAAUUCGACUUGGUUUUUGUGGCGAAUGCAACGGCGGCGAUCAAGUUGGUGGCGGAUGCGUUUCGGGACUCGACUGGCCCGGGGUUUUGGUAUGGGUAUCAUGUUGAUGCCCAUACGAGUCUUGUCGGAGUAAGAGAGCUUGCGGAACGAGGGUCGCGGUGUUUUAUAUCGGACGAGGAGGUUGAGAGUUGGAUUGAUGGUGACGCCGGCCCUGCACAGAAGGGCGUCCGGUUAUUCGCGUACCCCGCACAGUCGAAUAUGCAUGGUCGUCGGUAUCCAAGACGGUGGUGUGAGUCGAUCCGAACCCGAAAUCGAGACGGGCCCCCGUCGUCGGUGUACACGCUUCUCGAUGCCGCGUCGCUCGUCUCAACUUCGCCGCUGGAUUUGAGUGAUGUGGCUGCUGCGCCGGACUUUACGGUCCUGAGUUUUUAUAAAAUAUUUGGGUUUCCGGAUCUUGGGGCGCUGAUUGUUAGGAAGGGCGCUGCGCGUGUCUUGGAGCACCGCAGGUUCUUUGGCGGUGGCACGGUUGAUAUGGUUCUGACAGGGGAGGCGCAGCCCUGGCAUGCGAAGAAGGAGUCGUCGAUCCAUGAGCGGUUGGAGGACGGGACUCUUCCGUUCCAUAGCAUCAUCGCGCUGGACUGUGCGUUUGAAACGCAUCGUCGUCUGUUUGGGAGUAUGGAGAAUGUUGCUGCCCAUACGCGGUUUCUGGCCAAGCAGUUGUAUACCCGGAUGGCGAUGUUGAGGCAUUACAACGACGAGCGUGUUUGUCACUUUUAUGGCUUGGGUCCCUCCUCGGAUUACUGUGAUUCUCUGACACAGGGCCCGAUUCUUGCGUUCAACUUGCGCAAUAGUCAUGGAAUGUGGGUUGGGAAAUCAGAGGUGGAGAAGCUCGCGAGCAUCAAGAAGAUCCAGAUCAGAUCUGGCACCCUUUGCAACCCUGGAGGAACGGCACUGAGCCUCGGUUGGACUGGGGCUGAUAUGCUUCGCCAUUACUCCGCGGGGUUGCGGUGCGGAGACGAGCACGACAUUAUGGAUGAACAACCGACAGGCAUUCUGCGAGUAAGUCUUGGGGCGAUGAGCAGUAUGCGAGACAUCAACGCCUUCAUGGCGUUCCUUGAAGAAUUCUAUGUCGAUAAACCGCCCGAGGACCUCCUGGUGCCCCUAGUCGCAAGCUUUCCGCCACAACAGCCCAGCUUCUACGUCGAGAGUCUCUCCGUCUUCCCGAUCAAAAGCUGCGGGGCUUUUAAAGUACCUGAUGGUCAGCGCUGGGAAGUCCGAAGAGAGGGUCUCGCAUGGGAUCGGGAAUGGUGUCUUGUUCACCAGGGUACAGGCAUGACCCUGAAUCAGAAGCGAUAUCCACGGAUGGCACUUAUCCAGCCGACACUCGACCUGACCCGGGAAGUAUUACGGAUCACCCGUGGCGACGCAGCAUCAUCUCCAGAGGAAAGAAAAUCCCUCGAAAUAUCGCUCCGGCGCGAAAACACGAGCUCGUUGACAACAUCUCUAUGCCAGAACACCUCCAAGGCCUCGACAGUCUGCGGAGAUAAAGUGGUGCUGCAAGCCUACACCUCCCCUGUCGUGUCGACCUUUUUUACCCACUUCCUCGGCGUCCCAUGUACACUCGCACGAUUCCCUCCCCAGUCAUCGACCAGAUCCUGCGGACGUCGUAGGGGCCGAGCGCAGCCAACUCCUCCCCCCCACACGCAAACCCACAGCAUGCCCGGUUCUUUCCCAGGCCAACCGCCGCCCUCCCCAACGCCCGCAAAGCGAACCCGCAUCCUCCUCUCAAACGAAAGCCCUCUGCUACUCAUAUCACGCUCGUCCGUGAACCGCCUCAACGAAGCCAUCAAAUCCGGUGCCCCGGAUACGAAUGCCGGCAUUCCCGGACCCGGCAGCAACAGCAGCUCCAAGAAAGCCGUCGCAGCCGACGUCUUCCGCGCAAACCUUGUCGUUGCGGAAACAAUCCCCACGGCCGAACGUCCCUACGUCGAAGAUACCUGGCAAUCGCUGCGCAUCGGUUCGGAGCAGAUGCCCUUUGCUGUUCUGGGGUCGUGUGAGCGGUGCCAGAUGGUUUGCGUAGAUCAACUGACGGGGCAGCGAUGGGAUGAGCCGUUUGCUACCCUUGCAAAGACGAGGAAGAUCAACCGGAAGAUUCUGUUUGGGAGGCAUAUUUCUCCCGCGGCUGAGGUUGGGGAGGGGGGGUGUUUGGGAACGGUAAUGGUGGGAGAUGUUGUCACGCCAUCAUUUGGAGAUCAUGAUGAUAAUGAUCGUAAUGAGGAAUGAAUAAUGAUAUGAUUUUGCAUUGGUUAUUGUUGUAUUGGGGAUGUGAAUAUUCGAGAAUGGUUUGGCAUAGUGUCUAUGCAUGUGGUACAUGUAUGUAAUGGAUUACAGUCAGUAGUUAGUUAACUAGUUAGGGGUUAUAUAUUAUUAAUAUAUACCUACACAGCAAAUGAAGAGUUCAAG